AUGGUGCGAUCACAUAACAGACAUUUUACUUGCGCUGUUCUCAUUGAAGGAAAAUGGACCUACAUUGAUGAUCUUUGUUCAGGUGUAAAGGAGUUUUCCAAUUUGGCUGCAUUGAAACAACAGUUUAAACAAGGAUGGUGUUUCACAACAUAUGAAUUAAGCAACACACUUUGUAACACAACAGAUUCCUUAGCUCACAGUAGCUCAAUGGGAGGUGAAAACCAGGAGGAACUCAAGUUAGAUGUGUGUGAAAUAACUCCAGCAGCUAUUGCUAAGACAGGACAUUUUAUGAAUUCUGUACUAAACACCCCUCAUACUUAUUCCUGUGCAGUUGACAGUUUUUUAGAAGUUGCAUCAUGUUUGUUUUUGCCACAUUUAUCAAAUUUAACUGUGAGAAAUGAAUUCACAGAGCUUCUUUUUGACACAUGCUCAAGAUAUAUUGAGUCACAAGAAAACAGUAAAUUGUUGGAAGAAAUCAGGGAGCCUCUUUGGGCUUAUUUAAGACAACAAUGCCCAUCCUUUUUGGCAAGAGACAGCAAUGCUUGCUUCAGUCAGAUUUUUGAGGAAAAGACCUUUGGCAAGCUUACUCUAGAUGAAAUGAAUUUAUUCUCAUCUCUAAGAACCUUCCAGUCAUUUUGUGAGAAAUGUCAAAAGGAUGUAGUUCUAAAUAGCUCAAUUUUGGUAAAUUUUGUGACCAGAUCUGCAUUGCAAAAAUGUGAGCUGAAUUACAAUUUUUGGCCACAGUUUGUUUCUGCUAUUCAAACUCAACCUGGAAAGUUAAACUGCCCUGAUUGUGAAAACUCUAUGUCUGAGCCAAUUUUGACCUCCGUAGCACACUCAAAGUUUGUUUUUAUUGAAUUCUCUCCAGAGCUUAUGAAUGUGAUAAAGUUGUACGAAAAUAUAAAUGUCGGCCAAAGCAAAUACAAGUUGAGUGGGAUGGUGCGAUCACAUAACAGACAUUUUACUUGCGCAGUUCUCAUUGAAGGAAAAUGGACCUACAUUGAUGAUCUUUGUUCAGGUGUAAAGCAGGUUUCCAAUUUGGCUGAAUUAACAAAACACUUUGUACAAGGAUGGUUUUUCUUAAUAUUUGAAGUAAGCAAUAUGGUUUGUGAAUCUCAGUUGUAUGAACUAGAUAAUGAGCAUAUUGAAGGUAGCAUUGAUUUCACUGAGAUACCCGUUAAGAAGAGGAAACAUUUCAAAUCUGGUGUCAAAGUUGAAACACCCCUAAUUUGCCGCAAUUAUUAUGACGUGCUUACUGAAGAUAAUGAUGUUUCGCAAAUAAUAGGUCCAAAAUCCAACUUUACUAAAGGCCAGUUUCCUUCCAACAAACUUCAGCAGCAAAAUAUUUCAGAACCCAAGGACAAUAGGAAACGCAAAACUCUUGCAGAUGUAUUGCCUCAAUGCCCUAAGGAUCUACCUGUGAUAAUAUUUACUGUGAAUGGAAAAGACAAUUGUUCCAAAGAUUUUGUUGUCAGGCGUAACAAAAUCUCCGAUGCUCUCAACUGGCUUACAGGUGUAAACAAACAUGGGGAGCCAAAUAAUUUCUUGUACAAAGAUGUUAAGAUUAGUGAGCAAAACCUUGCUGAACUGCCAGAAAAUGGUGUUCCUUUAAAUGUGCCAAAAGUAGAAUGUGGAAUGGAGAAUAGUGAUCAGUCAAAUUCAAAUAUUGACAUAGACAGUGGACCAGUUGAUUUUGAUGACAAUGAAAAAGUCUAUAAUUCAGAGAGUGAAAUGGGUAGUUUUAUACCCACAAAUAUUGACACCAAAAAAGAAAGACAAAUUAUCGAAGGUGAGUUCCUCAAGCAACCUGAAACUCACAAUUGGACUAUUGGUAGUGAACCUUUAAGUGAAUUCAAUGUACAAUUCUUAGCAUCAAUGGCUUUUCCAACUCUUUUUCCUGAUGGAAAAGGUGACCUAACAAAUAUUGCAGUUGUUUCUGAUAUCUCAAAUAAUUCAACACAAUCAUUUGCUGAGAGGCUCAAACAUCUAAUCACGUUUGCAGAAUAUAUAGAUGGUAAAUGGAUAUAUAGGUUUGCAUCGCACCCUAGGUUUGCUUACUGGGCUUACAAUAUGCUAUAUCGGAAGAGAAUUUUAGGACAGAGUAGCUUUUUCCUAAAGCAAAAUCCAACAGAAGCAAAUCUUACAAUUGAUGACUUAAAGCAGAUGAUAAUGUCUGACUCCUAUGAAUCACUUAUAUCCAAACUCAUGCAUUAUGCUAAAAAUGUUUCUGGCACUAAUGCUUACUGGAAUCAGGCCAAAGAUGAUUUGAAAGCAAUAAUAACACAAAUUCUCAACGCCGUGAAAAUGUCGUCAAUAAUCCAUUGGCUUAAAAACACACUAGAUGCCACAUGGCAUUGGUUUAGAUAUGAAUAUGCUGUACAGAGAGGCUCUAUUCACUGCCAUGGAAUAGCAAAACUGAAAAGUGACCCUGGUUUAUGUGACCUAUCUCAAACAGCACUCAAAGGUUGUAUUGCAAAUCAGUUACGUAAGGAUAGCAACCUUUCUCCGGAUUUAUCAUUAGAAAAGGAAGAGGACAUUAAGAAAGGCAAAGAAGCAGAAACUAUUAUCUGUAACUAUGUGGACUAUCUUAUGUCAACACAAAAUCCAACAAACCCAGACACUAGUUGGGUUAAGCCACAAAAUCACCCUUGUAAACUUCGUUUUCAAGAUAUUCAAAAUGAUUGGGAUAAUGACUAUGAAAAUCUAGUGAAUUUAGUUCAAAGACAUACCAAUUGCUCUACAGCUUACUGCUUGCGUACGAAAGGGGGAAGUGAUGAACUGUCUUGUAGAUUUGAUUUUCCUAAGGAAAUUUGUGAGAAAACCCAUCUGGAAUAUGAAACUUUCAAAACUAAAGAUGGGAAAGAGCACUAUAAAGUUAAAGUAGUAACAAAAAGAAAUGAUAGUCGCCUAAAUAACAAUCAGCGCUUGCAAUUACAAGGAUGGCGAGCUAAUUGUGAUAUUCAGGUAAUCAUCGAUUACCACUCUUGCUUAGAAUACAUCGCAAAAUAUGCCUCUAAAGGUGAGAAGAUGUCAUUGGUUGCCAAAGAUGCCUUCACUUCUGUUCUGGCUAAUUGUCAAAAUGUAGACAGUGGUAAAAAAGCUAUAAGAAAAGUGAUGAUGCGUGCUGUUGGACAAAGGGAUAUGAGCAUUCAAGAAGUAAUGCAUCAGAUACUUUCAAUUAAACUUGUUAGUUCUUCUUUUCAAGUGAUUACAGCAUCUCUUGAUGGUUCUCGCAAAGUGUUCUUAUCAGAGAAUAAUACAUUAGAGACUCAGAGUUCAUUGCUAGAUUUGUAUGCGAAAAGAAAAAUGUUUGAAACUGAUCAUCCUGGAAUUUCCAAUUGUAAUUUUGUACAAUUUGCUUCAAACUACUUCAAGACUAAAAUAGGUAUUGCAAAACGGACUUCUCCAAUUGUGUUAAAAACUUUUCCUAACUAUUCCUCUAACCCCAAAGGACCUAAUUAUGGUUUGUUUUGCCGGUACCAAUUACUAAGAUAUAAGCCUUGGUACAAUUCUGUUGAUGAUGCUUGGUGUAAUGAAGAACCUUCUGAUUCUGUCUAUAUUAACCAAUGGAACUCAUUUUUACAAACAACUGAUGCAAAAUUGUUUGUACCAAACUGGUCACACCAAAUCAACUUGAUUUCAGAAUAUGUAAACCACCUUGUAGAAAAAGACGACUUUAUUGAAUCUGAUACCAAUGAAAGAGAAGAAUGGAUGAUCCUUGCUGAUUUAAAAUUAAAAGGUGACAAUGAAACCAACAAACUUAUGGAUUGUUCAACUGAUUUCUAUGAACAGGAUCGAUUAAAAUACACCAUUCAGGAAAUUGGAGAUAUGCCUCACUGGAUUAAUAUGCAAAAGAAUAGCAACACCCUGAAAAAUGAUCCAACUCCCAACCCUGUUGAUAUCAAGAAAUUUAAUGAUGCACAAUUAGUUGCUUAUCAAAUUGUACAAGACCACUUUACAUGUAUCUCUGACAACAAGGAACAACUAUUAAUGAUAAUAACUGGCCUAGGAGGUUCUGGCAAAAGCUUUGUAAUCCAAGCAUUAAGUAAUCUCCUAAACAAAAAAUGUAGGGUGUGUGCAUACUUUGGAAUAGCAGCAUUUAACAUAAAAGGAUAUACUUUGCACUCCCUUUUGCAGCUUCCCAUCAAAGGGAAAAAAAAUGGACCAUUAAACUCUUCAGCAUUGGCAAAACUGCAGCAUGAUUUAGGUGGUGUUGAAUAUCUUAUUAUUGAUGAGUUUUCAGUUAUUGGUCAGAAGAUGUUUGCUUGGAUCAACAGGCGUUGUAAGCAAGCAACUGGUUACUCUACGGUUCCUUUUGGUGGUAUAUCCAUAAUCUUAGUGGGAGAUAUUGCUCAGUUACCUCCAAUUACAGACCAGGUUUUGUAUCACACCAGACCAAAUAGUGACUUGGCAAUUGAAGGAUACUGCAUGUACAAAAAGUUUGAGAAAGUAGUUAAGUUUGAAGUAAAUGAAAGAGCUAGAGGUGCAGAUGAUGAACAACAGCGAUUUAGAGCUCUCCAAAUAAGAGCCAGAGAUGGCAAUUCAAAUUUGGAAGAUUGGAAUAUGCUUUUAUUAAGACAACCUCAAAAUGUGGUUGAUAUAGACAACUUUGAGAAUUCUUCUGUCAAAUUGUCUUUUGGUAAUGAAAAAGUAGCUAAAGAUAACUACGAAAGACUAAAGGAACUUCAACAAACAAUUGUACAAAUUAAUGCACACCACAGUAAUCCUAAAGCAAAGUCCUUGAGUUCUGAAGAAAUGAGUGGACUAGAACCAACAAUUUAUGUAUCAAAACAAGCCAGAGUUAUGCUUACACGUAAUCUUUGGACAAAAGCUGGACUUUGUAAUGGCAACAUGGGUACCAUUAAAGACAAUUUUUUCAGAAAAUCACUCUUCCCUGAUGCUACCAAUUGCUAUAAUUAUACAGUUUGACAAUGAUUAUAUAG